ACACACACACACGCACGCACACGCACUAGACUGCGCUCUGACUCUUAGUCUUCAAACCGGAGCUCCAACAACCUGGAACUGUGCGACAAACAGCACCGAGGAGACGGGGAAGCUUGUACCAUGCAGCCCGGAGAGGAGGACAGCCUGGGACCGUUGAUUUUUGAGCCUUUUCUACAUUGACGGAGUAUUCCCCCCCCCCCCCCUCUUUUCUUGGGGACAUUACUGCGAUCUAAUUGAUCUGACAUACCUUCACUCUCAUCCACGCACCCGCGCGCGCUCUCGUAUAACCGUACGGAUACCCGUUGCCGUUGAACAUUAGUGGGGAGCUAAAACAGUGAGGGAAGCACCUGGCAACAUGGAUUUAUUCUCCAUCCCACCCCGCGUUUGCUGGUGGAGGAUCCUGUUUCUCCUCAGCAUCUUCAAAGAUUAUAUGAGCUCCAUGCUGGACUGCCCACCGACCUGCCGUUGUUCUACUACAAACAUCUUUUGCAAUGAGUCUUACCAAGGGAAUUUCUUUCCCCUCCUGGCACCGCAGGACACCGCGAGCGAUGGGAAUACCACUAACAGCCUCCCGGACCUGUUUGAGAACAUCUCCUCCAUACACAUUGAGAACUGGUCGGGCUUGCAGACUUUGAGGGACGUUGACAUGGAGUUGUACACUGGGCUUCAGAGACUGAACAUUGUGAACUGCAACUUGCGUACGAUUCAGUCACGAGCCUUCGCCAAGAACCCCAACCUGCACUACAUAAACUUGUCUGGGAACCCUCUGACAACUCUCUCAUGGCAACUCUUUCAGAAUCUCCAACUUUUCGAGCUGAAACUGGAAAGAGUGGUGUUUAACUGCAGCUGCAAUAUCCGUUGGAUCCAGCUGUGGCAGCAGCGAGGCGAAGCCGGACUCCAUAACCAGCAGCUGUUCUGCAACGGAGUCUCCAAGAUCCCUCUACAGUUCAUGAACAUCUCAAACUGUGAUUUGCCGGAAAUCAGUGUAAGUCACAGUAACCUGACGGUGAUAGAGGGUGACAGGGUCACAAUCACCUGUAAUGGGUCAGGAGUGCCGGUACCGGAAGUGGACUGGACUGUUGGCGGACUUCACUCCAUUAACACACACCAAUCCAAUCAAUAUCCACCCAAUGUCCACUCCAUCAACUUAACUCUGGUCAACGUCAGCAGAGAUGAUAACAGCUUCAUGCUGACCUGCAUUGCAGAGAAUGUAGUUGGGAUGACUAAUGCCUCAAUACAGCUUUCAGUACAGUUCCCCCCUGUUAUCAUCAAGUUUGAGGAGCCGCAGAAGUGGCACGACACGUGUAUGAUCUUCACAGUGCGUGCAAACCCUCUGCCCACCCUGCGCUGGUACUAUAAGGGUGAGGAGAUCAAGCCGACUGAUUACGUCCAUCCAGAGAUGGAUGAAUACCAGGACAAUCUAGAGGGAUGCCUCAUGUUCAAAAACCCCACACACCACAACAAUGGCAAUUACACGUUGGAGGCCAGCAACUUCCUGGGCGUGGCUGUCAAAACUGUGUACGCCCACUUCCUACAGCCACCGUUUGAUGACUACCCAGAUUAUGUGAGUCCAACUCCGACGGCUAUGACACAGCGGCCUGAAGAGGACACGUUUGGAGUGUCGAUUGCAGUUGGCUUGGCUGGCUUCGCAUGCGUUCUCCUUCUCGUUAUGUUUGUGCUAAUCAACAAAUAUGGCAGACGUUCAAAGUUUGGCAUGAAAGGACCCGUGGCUGUGAUCAGUGGUGAAGAAGACUCCGCCAGCCCCCUCCAUCACGUCAAUCACGGCAUCAUAACCCCAUGCACCCUAGAUGCCGGGCCAGACGCUGUGGUAAUCGGCAUGACUCGUAUCCCAGUGAUCGAAAACCCACAGUAUUUCCGGCAUGGGCACAACUGCAACAAGCCUACAACUUAUGUACAGCACAUUAAACGCAGAGACAUCGUGCUCAAGAGGGAACUGGGCGAAGGAGCCUUUGGGAAGGUGUUCCUGGCAGAGUGCUACAACCUAAGCCCCUCUAAGGACAAGAUGCUCGUGGCUGUCAAGACCCUGAAGGAUCCCACCCUUGCGGCGAGGAAAGACUUCCAGCGGGAGGCCGAGCUCCUGACCAACCUUCAGCAUGAUCACAUAGUGAAGUUCUACGGUGUCUGUGUAGAUGGAGAUCCGCUUAUCAUGGUCUUUGAGUACAUGAAACACGGAGACCUCAACAAGUUCCUCAGAGCUCAUGGUCCAGAUGCAAUGAUCCUGGUUGACGGACAGCCGCUGCAGACCAAUGGGGAACUGGGUUUGUCUCAGAUGCUGCACAUAGCCAGUCAGAUCGCAUCAGGGAUGGUCUACCUGGGGUCUCAGCACUUUGUGCACCGUGACCUGGCCACACGCAACUGCCUGGUGGGCAACGGGCUGCUGGUGAAAAUCGGAGACUUUGGAAUGUCAAGAGACAUCUACAGCACUGACUACUACCGGGUGGGAGGACACACAAUGCUGCCCAUUCGCUGGAUGCCACCAGAAAGCAUCAUGUACAGGAAGUUCACGACGGAGAGUGAUGUGUGGAGCUUUGGCGUCAUCCUCUGGGAGAUCUUCACCUAUGGCAAGCAACCAUGGUUUCAGCUGGCAAAUAAUGAGGUAAUCGAAUGCAUCACACAAGGACGUGUGCUGGAGAGGCCACGGGUUUGUCCCAAGGAAGUGUAUGACAUUAUGCUGGGAUGCUGGCAGAGGGAACCACAGCAGAGGUUGAACAUCAAAGACAUCCAGAAAAUUCUUUAUGCCUUGGGCAAAGCCACACCUGUCUACCUGGAUAUCCUGGGCUAGUGUUUGUUGGGAAUAUGUGUGGAUGUCUGCGUCUAUCCAUCAGAGGAACGAACAACCUGGGAUUUACCCAAAACAACACUGUCAGACACCUACAACAUGGGGAUGGACUUAAGUGCCUGCUACUCCUUUCGAUACACUGGAUAACAGUCUUUAAAAAGCACUUUUACAUUUUGUUUACUUGCAUAUAAAGAUGUACAGUUCUACUGCAAGAAGAGGAGUCUCAUUUCUCUAUUUCUUUAGUUUUUCUUUUCGUUUUGGUAAGAACAGCCUACUUCAAACUCUAAAAAAGGAAUAAUGGAAAAUUCCCCCUAAAGUAUUAAAAAAAUAUCUUUUUUUUCCAUUUCUUGGCUGCUUGACAACUCUCCCAGUGGUUAUUUGUUUCAUAAAUAUAUAUAUUUUUAAUUUAUUUUUCUUUCUCCAAGUGUGGAUGUAUGCCAUGUUUCUUGCUAAGGGUAUAUCGCCUUUUGGAUAUGACUGCUCACCGUUGCCAUGUCAGAUGAUUGGCAAGGACUUUUUUCAGAAAAAGCCUUACUGCGCUGUGAUUGGCCGGAUCUUCUCUUUGUCGCUACAGGGAGUAUCCAACAGGGCUUUUAAAUAUUCUGAGGAGCUUUUUAGUGAAUAGAUGAACUUGAAGGAACCACCAAUCAAUACAGAGGAGUUUAUUUAAAAAAAAAAAAAAGAAAGAAAAAAAAAGAUUGUAUAUAAUGUAAAUUUCUGUGUCACAAGCGACAGUAUGUUAACUUAUUUCAUUUCCUGAUUAGAUGAUUUUAGUUCCUUGGUGUGCUGUUACGGUGAGUGAAUUCUAUAAAUAUUUUGAUAAUAUUUUAAUGUUUUUAUUUUUCACAUGUCCAUAGAAUGUAUGCUGAUAUUUCUAAAUGAGCUUCUUUAUUUUAUUUAAUUUUUUUCCCCUCUUUGGGUCCAACCAAGAGCUAGAGAACGGUUAGCGUUUCGAUGGUGGAACACACCGUAAUGGGAAAGUCAUGAGACGUAGCCUCGCUCCUUGUAUUCCAGAGACCAUUUGCUUUUUAAACGAAUGUAACAGGAAAGGUAGAUGUAUUUCCCAAAGCAAGCUCAUGCCCAGAAAAUAUUAAUAGGCCUAUUCCAUUCAUUAACACUCAUUGCAUUUAUGAUUAUGCUUUUUGCAAACAUAUUAUAUUGUCCUUUCCUUUCCUUUGAGUAAUAAAAGGUUAAGCUAUCUGGAAGAACUAGCAUGUGCAAAAAAACAUUAUAUAUAUAUAAUUUUUAUAAUAAUCCUUUCCUAGUUCAGUGACUUUUUUUUACUACUUUCCUCUAAAAAAAAUAUUGUAGCUGCUAAUGGAGUCAUCAAAAUAUAAUAGAGUGUAAUCCAUAACAAUGUUUUGGAUUCUGUCAGGUAAUACAUAUUAUUUUCUCCCAAUUGUUUUAGAAGACUGUAUACACAAUUGUGGGGUAACUUAAUUGUGUAUUCAAGAUGGAGCUUUCCUAAGACUUAAGGGCUUCUUUUCAACAUUCUUCAUUUAUUCUGAAGUGACAUUUGGAUUUUAUUGUAAUGUGCUCUCUCAUUCACUCUCUCUUGCACAGUUUUGCUGGUUCAUGCUUUUCAUUCAAGAUGAUCUGUGGCUCAGUGUUUGUCUGAUGAUAAAUCUGUAAUCACUGCACAUAGAGUACAUCAGCCAAGUAAACUUUAGUUCAGCUUUGGCUGCAGAUGUGUGCAAAUGAUUCUUGAGCAUACAAUCUGUGACAUUUCAAAAAUGAAUCUUGAAUUCUGCUUAACUCUCACACAUAUUAACAGCGGAACAUUAAUAUGUAUUUCAUGAGUGCUCACGUUGACUCUCGCAACUUCAUCCCACCCAUUACCAAAAGUGAAACUUGUCAAAAACUUUCCUGCUUUUUCCACUUAAAUUGGUGUUUGAGGCAACCUGCCCAUCAGAGUUCAUCAGAACAGAUUUGCGCUUAACCAUAAUCUCACCCUUCGCAUCAAGAAAAGUUCCUGACAUAGAGGAAGUCACUUAAACAUUUGUUGAUCUUGUUGUGUGGUUUCUUUCUGCUUCCCACUGUGGCCAGAUAAUUCUCUCCACAUCUAUGACAAGGGGGAAAUUGCAAAAGUCUUUCAAUAAGACCGCCAGCGAUGUGCUUACGUGUGAUAAGAUGCUUCUCAUUUUGAUUUUCUCGUUGGCUGCAGGGCCCUGCUGCAGAUAUUCACUGACUUCACAAUUUUUCCCAAGCUUUCGUGCAGAAAAGUAACAGAGGAGAUUUACCCUGGUAUGGGUACCCAAAUGCUUGCUCAAAAUGUUUGAGGUUCAUUUAAGUAAACAUGUACACCUGCAUCCCAAGACUUCAUUUCAAGCGCAGUCCUCUUUACUGAAUGUAAUUUCUGCAAAUCUUUCACUGAUGUGGCAUACCAGAUUUUACAUGUCAAUUGUAGCACAGAGUGAGCAUUCACGCUGAAUUAGGUUCUAAUUAGAAGGAAACAGACAAAAUGUCAGUUUUGGCAAUGACACCAAUUCCCAGAUUUCCUGUAAAGAGACAAGGCUUGGAGAAUGCAUGUGGGGAUAAUUUCCUGAAUUAUCAUGAACAGGCUUUUAUGUCUUUGGUCUUUGUUCAACCUCUUUUUCAGUGUGGGCAAUUUUCGGUAAAAACCUUUCUUGCCCAAUUAUUUCUCUAAUAAAAUAUUGGUUUAUUCAAAAAAGUAAACAUAACAAUAUAUUCAUCAUUUGAACAUUGUCUGGGCAUUUUUUAUGACCGUUUUUUGAAACAAGGAUUAUACCCUCAUGCUUCUCAACAUUUGUGUAUGUUGCAACAAAAUGUAACAUUACUGCAUUUAGUACUUGCAUGUUUCCUAAAGGACUGUGGAUUGUGGCUUACUGUUGUGAAUCGGUCAGGGCAGCGAUUACUGAAGAUUAUUUGAGUCAUUGGGUACAUAACUGUGACUAACAGGGUUGAAAGAAUCAGACAUUUGUCUGUGGUUUACUCUGUGAGCCCGAUCGUUGCUCGACGACCUGUGAAAGGUGGAUUAUACAAACGUGGCAAGGAGAGGUGGGGUGGCUGUAUCGUUAUCGCCUGAAGCCGUCGGAGAACAGGCGUGAACUGAAUUAGCAGUUUCUGUAAAUGAAAGGACGUGAGCGUGAGAGCCACAGCUGGUUUGGAGAGGGGGAUCAGAUGAGAAAGAGUGGGACAGCAAGGUGACAGUAGGGCAGCUCCAGGGGUUGCCGUGACUCUAAUGACUUCACCUUGCAGAAAUGGGUGGAAAUUACCAAUGAAAUGAGUUUUUGGCCCGGGCUUUUAGAUAUCCCUUAAAUAUGAUGGCCAGUCUUUCGGUAAUCCUCCCGAGGCAGAGAAGAGAGGUGUGCGGGGAAAAAGCAAGGGUUUGGAGAGAUGAAUCAGUGAAGGUCACACAUUAACAGAGUGGAUAGAAGUGCCACAGCGCUGUCUGUUGGCAGGCUAACCGAGUCGAGUUGAGCAUUCAGAGCUGUGAGGCAAGCAGAAUCUCCCUCUCUCGCUUACCGCCACUAUGGCAGCGAAUAAGCGCAGGGCGAUUGAUGAGAGGUUUAAGACCUUAAUCAUGAGGAGAAGAAGCGAGGCAGGAAGCUGGAACAUUACAUCUGGAAUGAGCUCUCUUUCAGCACUUCAUAACCGUGCAGAAGGGCUGCAGAAACCCAGCACUGUCAUGCUUCGCUGCUGAUCUCAGAUCAGCCCUCUCCUCAUCCAUUUAUCCUACCUUCUGUGGGGUUGAUUUACUGCAUGCAAGACUGCCUUACUGGGGCAAAGUGAAGAAGAACAACUAUAAUUGCCUAAUCGCCUCCUAAAAUGUUGCUAUAAUCAGAUGCAGAGGCAAAUCGUUUUAAUACGUUACGUGUUAACUUUUUAACUUGAAUUACUGCCUUUGAUAUAUUCUGUUUUGAGCACUAAGAUGCAAUACUAAUCCAAGCGUAGCUUCUUUAGAAACCAGUAACAACCCCAUCAAAUUACCCGACCAGCUUUUAGAACUCAUUUAGCACCCUGACACUUGAUGUGGCCACCUGGAGCAAUAAUCUCAAAGAGAUGCAGUCACGCUGAAUAUCUUACUGAUUGAAUCUGUUAUCCCAAAGUCGCUACAGAUCUUCAGCUGUCACUGUGGCUCACAUAAAAAAAUAUUAUCCGUUUUUGCCUCCAGGAUAAAACUAAUUUUCAUUGCCUUCAAAACAUUUAAUUAAAGAUGCUUAUCUGAUUUGAAACCCCACUCCUAAAUUACAAAUGAGGCUACCAGAACAAGUCCUUAUCUACCUCCAGUGCAUUGCCACUUAAGUACUCUUAAUGUACUCUGGAAAGAAGCAGUUCCAAACUUGCAGUCGAUUCAUGGCACGCUCUGCUGAUGAUAUGAAUAGCAAUGGUAAUGUUUUUAUACAUCUGAAGCAGCUACAUCCCUGAGAAAGUGCUAGCUGCAUUUUGGGAGCCUGACUCAGCACAUGCUGCAGUUACUGUAUACUCUGGGCACAUGGACAAGCAUGUGAAUCUUGUUGCUUAGAACCUAAAGUGAUCUAUAGUUUAGGCCAACAGAUCUCCUGAGCUGUGGGAAAAGCUGAAACUGCUUUCAAGGACAGUUGUGCAUUUACCUCCGAAAGCAUUGCCAAUUGCAACUCUGGAUUUCUUUAAAAGGGAGCUUAAAAUUGACUGCGGCAUUAAGACUUCAGAUGGGGAUGUCACCCCAGAGCAAUCUCCUGCACUGUCAGCAGACUUUGACAUCUAGAUUAACCUUCCUGCUGUGAGCAUGCUGACAGCUCUCAUUGGGAUGCAAGAAGCAUCUCUGAUCUUCUAUUCCAAAGGUACUUUGGCCCCCUCUCUCCCUGUUUGAAAGGGAAAGUAGGAAGCAUGAGCCAGCACAUGCACACUAAUCCAAGGAAGGUCCUUACGUGUGUCCGUGUGGGAAGGGAUGUUAUCGCCUUUGGAAUGGAAAUGUUGAACAAAAGGUGAUCUUUCCCAGCCUUCCCCAAGUUUCCCAGUCCAGCAGCAAGCAAAAGAUACACAAAAAGGCCUAGGUGGAUAUAGUAAGUCUCUUUCAAGUCUUUUUCAACAGAACAGUUUUAUUUCCUAAUAGAGACUACGGCCCUUUGUUCCACAGAAGAAUGUGUGUCAAUCACAACAAAAGGGAAGUGAGCUCCUUUGAGCUCUUGCACAGUCUCUAAAAUGUAUUAUUCAACCUCUGGUCAACUGUGUGAGAAAGUUGUUUACCAAGGUGAUUACUACAAAGUAGUUCCAACUUUGAGCGAAAAGUUAUUUCACCUGUAAUUGUUUUUUUUAUUUUUUUUAUUUACUUGUGCCAGCUAAUGACUGUAACCUUGUUGGUCAAAGCUCAAUAUCUAAACAGCAUGACGAUUAGUCAUCAACCCCUUUGUCGGCCAAAUUUGUAAAAUAAAUUGCCAGUUGUCAACUCAAUAAGGAGCCAAUAUGUCAGUUUUUCUUUUUAUCAGAAGGCUUUUGAAAUAUCUUUGUUGCAGUAUCCUUGCGUAUAAGAUUUUAAGUGCUGGGGAGAAAAAAAGUCUAAGCUACUCCCUGCCUUGCCAAGAUCUUGUUGAUGAAAACAUCAGCUUAAUCCAGGUUGGUUCUCUGAUCAGCUAAUUUAGCUGGACUGGGAGAUCAGCUAAGACCAGCUACUCAUCUUAGGAGUUAUUUUUUACUACAUGAUUGUAAUUCUGAAGGCACUGUUUAUAACACUGCCAUUACUUUAAUUCAUGGUUCCUACAUCCCAACAAUUAUCUGUCGUUUCAGAGGCAAGCGAAUGUGAGCCUGUGAGACACUCUGUGAGACCAAUUGCUGAGAAACCACUUUAAAUGUCUUCAUUUGCAGCAUGGCUUACAGUAGAACACCCCUGCAGUGUUAAGAGGGUGCUAGCAGGGACCUACCCAUACAAUAACCCAACUAAAAAUAACCUUGCGAGGAGGUUUGAUGGAGUGCGGUGGUGAGUUUGUGACUCAUGCUGCCUAUCUAGGCUCAGAUCACAGCUCGUCUGCACUAGCUCUGCCACCCACAACACCAUACGUUUAAGUCAGACUACUGCAAACUAGCCUCUCACUGCAGCAAACAAGAACAUGUUUGAGUCACUGUUAUAGUGCAACAUCUGGCCUUUUAGUUUCAAUGAAAUCUAUAACGAUAGAGCUGACGUUAUAGAUCGCGACAUGUUUAGUGCAUUUAGUACAUAGCCUUUGUUAACGCAUUUCAUGAGGUCAGAGCAAGAUGUAAACAGGAAGGUGGUGAAAUCUGUCACCUUGUGUUCUUUUAUUGGUGCAUGUAAUGCUAUUGCGAUCAUGCAAACAGUUAUUUAUUACUACAUGAAAACCCUAGAGACUCACAUUUUAGGCCAUUGCUUUCAGAGGGUGUUUGAUGACUGAACGACAGAAAAAGAAAAGAAGGUCAGAAAUAAUUAAUUGCCCUUAGGUCACAGUAGAAGCAAUGUAGGACACAUAUGCUUUAUUAGCUGCAGCGGUGUUACAAUCAUCUAGCAUGCCAUUCAACACAGGGAUGUUUUUAGAGAUUAAAUGCUUCUAGAAAAGGACAAUUUUAUAAGCCAAGCCUGUUUUUUUUUUUUUUUUUUUUUGUACAGUAUUUUGACGAGUUGAUGUAAGCAUAGCUAUAUUCACAAAAGUGGGCAUACAUACUAAAUAAAUAGUAAACAAACCUAUUUCUAAUGUAAUAUUUGGAUAAAGGUAUUCGCUUAGGUAUGUUUUGAUCAGACUUGCUAGGCUAGUUUAGGAUGCUAUUUUUUGAUGGGUUAAACUUAAAUAGCUUACGGUUACAGUUUCUUGCUAUGAUCUUCCUCUUGCAAAGACACUCAGACAGGUUUUCUAAAAUCUUAUAUUGAAUAACUUCUGCUUUUUUACAAAAAAAUAAAAAAGUUUCAAAUUCAUCAUAAUAUGGAAAGGUAAUGAUACACCUUCAUGGUGUCUUUCUUAAAAGCAUCAGUCAUUGGAUAUUUGACAGAGUUAGAAUUUUUGGAAAAUCCAUAUUUUAU